AUGUGUAGACGCUCUUGGAAACAACAGUUCAAUUCUGGCCAAGAUUGGAAGGCAACGUUGAGGCUCCCACCUCCUGAUACUCGUUACCAGACAUCGGAUGUGACAGCUACAAAAGGAAAUGAAUUCGAAGAUUACUUUCUGAAAACAAAUCUGCUAAAGGGAAUAUACGAGAAGGGUUUUGAGAAGCCGUCUCCAAUUCAGGAAGAGAGCAUUCCGAUUGCUUUAACUGGUAGUGAUAUUCUUGCUAGAGCCAAAAACGGCACAGGAAAGACCGGAGCCUUCUGCAUUCCAGUCCUCGAGAAAAUCGAUCCAAAGAACAAUGUUAUUCAAGCCAUGAUUCUAGUUCCAACACGAGAGCUGGCCCUUCAGACAUCGCAGGUUUGCAAGGAGCUUUCGAAAUAUUUGAAUAUCGAAGUUAUGGUUACCACUGGCGGUACCAGUCUGAGAGAUGAUAUCAUGCGACUGCAUCAACCUGUACAUCUGCUGGUUGGAACUCCGGGAAGAAUAUUGGACCUUACAAAAAAAGGAGUGUGUGUUUUGAAAGACUGUUCGAUGCUUGUAAUGGAUGAGGCCGACAAGCUUUUGUCUGCGGAAUUCCAACCUUCUCUCGAAGAAUUGAUACAGUUUCUUCCACAAAACCGUCAAUUUCUGAUGUUUUCCGCAACAUUUCCUGUGACUGUGAAGGCUUUUAAAGAUCGACAUCUCCGCAAGCCCUAUGUUAUCAAUCUCAUGGAUCAGCUCACGCUUGUGGGUGUCACGCAAUUUUACGCUUUUGUUGAAGAGAGACAGAAGGUUCACUGCCUCAACACACUUUUCUCCAAGCUGCAAAUAAACCAAUCGAUAAUCUUUUGCAACUCUGUCAAUCGCGUGGAACUGUUGGCUAAGAAAAUUACAGAGCUUGGGUAUUCGUGCUUCUACAUUCAUGCGAAGAUGGUUCAAGACCAUAGGAACAGAGUGUUCCAUGAGUUCCGUAAUGGUGCUUGCAGAAAUCUCGUUUGCACUGAUCUGUUUACUCGUGGAAUUGACAUUCAAGCGGUGAAUGUAGUGAUUAACUUUGAUUUUCCUAGGACUUCUGAGUCGUAUCUACACAGGGUGGGCCGCUCAGGACGGUUUGGACACCUUGGGUUGGCUGUGAAUUUGGUAACAUAUGAGGACCGUUUCAAAAUGUAUCAGACUGAGCAAGAACUUGGCACUGAAAUCAAACCAAUCCCUUCUCUUAUCGAUCAAGCAAUCUACUGCCAGUAA